AUGGCUCUCUACUUUGCUUCAAUAGUUGGGUUAAGGGAGAUUUGUGGGUUUUACGACGGCAGUGGUCGUGCUAGUCAGGCCAAGAAACUGCUUGUUUCCAGCGAACAUCAAAGAGAAGUUGUUGCAAUGGCAGCUAGAGUCAAUAGAGGUCGCCAGAAGGUUCAAUUGGUAAGAAUUCAAAAUGAAAGUAACCGGCAAGUUACUUUCUCCAAAAGAAAAUUUGGAAUUUUUAAAAAGUCAAGUGAGCUUUGCACACUCACACGUGUUGAGAUGGUUGUACUCAUAACAUCGCCCGGAAAUAAGAUAUUCUCUUUUGGACACCCUUUUGUGGAGACCAUUGCAAACCGAUAUCUUUCAAGGAAUCGUGACGCCCCUGCUAACACAUACGUCACAGAGCAAUAUUUGGAGACUUUUCAGAACAUGAAACUUGAGGAUCUGAAUGCAGAGUAUACUACUGUAGAUGAAGAGCUUUUGAACUGCAGGUCGCGUGCUGAGAUGCUUCACAAGAGUGAAAUGAUCAACCAUGCUAGGGAGCAAUACCAAAAAGCCUUAGAAAUGAUGAACGAGGAACAACUCAAAUCUUUUGAGAAAGACUUGAAAAUGCUUCGUGGCAUUGUGGCUCACCAGUCUCAUGUGCUACAUCAAAGGAAAGUUGAGGUGAUGCAGCACAACGCUGCAAUGGAGGCUACAAGUGCAAUUAAACAUUUUUUUACCGCUGGAUGCAGCUCUUAA